GGGGGCCUCUUUGAGGGCUUUUCCGUAGCCAUUUUGGCUCAAGAUGUUUUCGCCCCGUGGCAGAGCACGGGGACCCUUGGUCCAGGGCCACACCCCUUGUGGGCUCGUGUCGGCGCGAAGGGCGCACCGAUGGCGGGCGGUGAAGGCGCUUGGCAGUUCAAGGGGGGCGGUAAGCGUGGGCGUAAGCGGGGGGCGUAAGCGUGGGCCAGCGUGGAGCAGCGACAUUGGCAUGGCCAUCACCUGGCGCCGUGUCGGACGCAAGCAAGAAGGAGCCAAAGGGGACACGCGGUACAGGUAGCAACUGGGCCUCGAGGGCGUCUUGCCGCAAGUGUGGUGCGACUAGGCCGUAUGGGGGAAGGCGCGGGUGCGGCAAAGGCCAAGGACAGGCCAACUCGCAGCUGGAGGCCGCCUUCGCCGCCCUGCAGGCCCAGCUCAAGCAGCCCAUCGGUGAGAACAACAAGCAUAGGAAGCAGUUGGCUGCCGCGCAGACGAGCACGGCGGGAGGGGCUCCCCCAUUUUGGACGGUCGAGGCCAAAGGUGAUGGGAAGACGGAGCUCGAGCGACUCAUUGAAGAAAAGAACGGCUGGAGGGUGUGUUCCUCGACGGCGACAAGCCCGAUCGGCUGCAACAGGAGCUCGCCAAACACGACAAGAAGAUUGCAGCGUCGCGCGAGGCUCGUGACAGGGCCAAGCCGCUGUCCGUGCAGCUGCGUGAUGCCAGCUUCCAGUCCGCCAAGGCCACCAAGCAGCGGGUGGCGGCUGAGGCGGAGGUGCAGAAGGUGCGUGAUGUCUUGGCGAAGGCGGUGGAGCGGGAGUCAGCCGCCAAGCAGCGGGAGACGGAGGCCGGGUCCUACGAGUUGGAGAUUCAAGCCAGGAUUGCGGCCGAGCGGCACAGGUCGCCCGUCACGGACAUGGACGUCCACCGUGCGGCAUUCGAGGGGUUGGCUGAGCAGGCCGGUACCAUCCUCGAGGCGUUUGGUCUCGCCUCGGGCCUCGCGCAGCUGGGCGCGCGGGUGGCUGCGGCCACUCCUGCUGUUCCUGCUGCUGGCGUGUCAGCUGGGCCACGGGACGGCGGCCAGCCAGCAGACGCAGCACUUCACGGUGCAGGAGUCGCAGACGGAGGCAUGGCAGUUGACCAAGAAGCAGGGCCAGAAGACGUCACAGAGAAAGAGAAGGCCUGGCUGCUGGGCGAAGCCGACGCGCCCGACAAGGACCAGCAAUCUGAGAAGCACAAGCGGUACUUGGUGGUGCUCCAGGUCCAGCACGCCUACAAUCACAAGCGCCAGAGAUGUGGGUAGUGGCCUGGUGUAUAGGGUGCGAAACGGG